AUGGGGCGCGGUGGAUGCGUAGCCGUGCAGAUGAAUCACGGGAGCGAUCCGUCCUUUUCAAAUCACGGAAACGAGGGCGCCCGUCGCGACGACAGGGCUCCGUCGCCGCCACUGGCCGGCCGCGGGGAGGCACAGGCUGCGGCAGCUGGAGGCGCCGGCGCCGGCGGUGUCUGGUGGCGCACCCCUCUGCGCGACGAGGACGAGCACGCCAUCAUCGUCGCGGCGCUCGCGCACGUCGUCGGCGCCGGGAGGCAGAGCUCGGCGGCGCAGCCGACGCCGGCCGUGCUCGGCCAGCAAGUGAUGCACCGGACCGCGCCGGCGCCGGCGCCGGAGCAGCGGCCUCGGUACCGCGGCGUGCGGCACCGGCCGUGGGGCAAGUGGGCGGUGGAGAUCCGGGACCCGGUGAAGGCGGCGGGCGUGUGGCUCGGCACCUUCGACGCCGCCGCGCUCCGCUUCAAGGGCACCAAGGCCAAGCCCAACUUCCCCGCGGACCACCGUGCCGCCUUCCAGCUCCACUGCCAGCAGCCGGGCUCCACGUCGGCAGCUUCGACGUCGGCGGCGCUGGCGCCGGCUCCGCGGCGGGGGACGCGCCACGCUGCAGGUCCGCGGAGCGCAGCAGCUGCUGCUGCUGGUGCCGAUCAGGGGGGGGGGGGUGUUCCCGGACCUCAGCCGGUACGCCCACAUCCUGCAGAGCGGCGGCGACCUGGACCCGCAGGCCAUCGCCGGCGCGGGCGGGCUGACGCCGGGGCGGUCCUCGACCACCACGGCGUCCGCGUCGUCAUCGUCUCCGGCGCCGUCGGUGGAUUGGUCGCCAUGGCGAGGUCCUACCUAACCAGAUGCAUACAGUAG